GGAUCAUCCAGCUCCAAUUUCACUCUAGCUUUCCUCUCUCCAUUCUUCCUCCCACCUCGACCUCCAUCAUACUCUAUCAACAUCAUUCUUCUAUCUUGUUCUUUUUCUUUAAACUCUUUGUGACUUUACUUCUAUCUCAUAAUGCCUGAAGUUCCCACUCUUCACCCUGAGGUCACGUGGGCCCAGCGCUCGUCGUCCACUGAGGCCGAGCGCAACUACCUGUACGUUGACAUCAAGGCCCCCGAUGUCGAGAAGUCCGGUGCCAAGCUGUCCAUCACCUCGACCAACGUCUCGUUCUCGGGAUACUCCAAGAAGGGCGUCAACUACGAUGUCUCCCUCGACCUGUACGGCGAGAUCGACACCGAGCACACCAAGGUGAACCACAGUGACCGUGAGGUGGAGCUGGUUCUGCGGAAGAAGGAGCUUAAGGAGGAGUACUGGCCCCGUCUGCUCAAGUCGACCCAGAAGGCCCAUUUCCUGAAGACCGAUUUCGACAAGUGGGUUGAUGAGGAUGAGCAAGACGAGCAGCCCGAGGAUGACUAUGCGAACAACAUGGGUGGCAUGGGUGGCAUGGAGGGCAUGGGCGGCGACCAGGGCGGUCUUGGAAACAUUGACUUCUCCAAGCUCGGUGGCAUGGAAGGUCUGGGCGGCAUGGCCGGUAUGCCCGGCAUGGGUGGUAUGCCCGGUAUGGGUGGCAUGCCCGGCAUGCCCGGCGCUGAGGGCGCUGGUGAGGAGGACGAUGAUGAUAUGCCGGAGCUCGAGGAAGCCGAGAAGGACGAGGGUUCGGCCAAGUCCAAGAUCCAGGAGGUGGCUUAAAUGACGAUUAAAU